UUCACCGUCACCGUCAAUGUUGGAAACGGGAAGGGGGCGUGCAAGUGUGAUAACAAAAAGAUCUAGGAACGAUUUUUCUUUCAACUCGAAAUGAUAUUUGACGGCAAAUCCUGGUCGACUUAAUAAUGGCGAGUGGACCUGCCGGCAGGCCACGGGUGAGGCAAAGUUCUUUUCGGAAGAUGAUCAAUGAAAUCUUGGACGAAAGAGGCAGAGACAAGCUGUGUCGAUCGCUCCCUAGUCAAGAUGGAUUCGGUAGGAUUCCUAUGGAAGUGAACUGUUUCUGGGCCAGGCUUUUUUCUCAGCAUUUCGUAGCGGAGGUUCCAGAAGAAUUAAGAGAUGACAUGCUCUUCUUCAUCCAUCGCAAGCAACCCACAUCCAGGCAAGACAGACAGCAAGCGAGAUUGGAGGUGUUUCGUCAGGAUUCUAAGAACCUUCCUAGUUUAGGAGAACCCAACAUCGACUGGGAGGAAACAGUUUAUCUUAAUCUUAUUCUACAACAGUACAACUACAUCUUAACAUGCGCCGUCUGCAUCAAGUCAGAAGGGACGCUGACGAUACUCCGGAAGCACACCGAGCAGGUCUUUGCCAGUCCCUCCAGGAGACGCAUGGAUAGCAAAGGAGAGGAGUCAGAAGUCUCCUAUCCUAAUAUAUUCUUCAUCAUUGAUAACUUCGAUGAGAUCUUUGGUGAUUUCACCGUCCAAGAAGGCCAGAUGUUCUGCGUGGAACUGGUCGCAAGCGAGAAACAAGGUCCAUUCCGUAGCGUAGUCUUCCUGGGAUCAGUGCGCCAUGAAGCCCUCAAGAAAGUCUAUGAUAACCGAGCCAGUGUAUCUUCGAAGGUUGCUAGCAAGGUGUCGAUGGGGUUUUCCAAGGGGCGGGGUCGAGUGGAGUUCAUUCGGAUGAGAGGGCCAGAGGGCAAGGGUUUCGCGGAGGUCGCCGUCAGCCGGGCAAGCUGGUCCUCGUCCGUGGAGAGUAGUACGGAGGAUGUGCAUUCAGCGUCAGAAAGUUUUGACUCGACAACCGAUGGGCCCUCAACGUCCACAGGGAGCCUGCCUCGUGAUGUCAUCAUAGGUUCACCGAUCCACAAAGGCUUACGCAAAUCUCAGUCUGACAGCGAGACCCUGUCAACGCUGACCAACGGCAAGGACGAGGAAGCGGCUUGCCAGUCAGAAGACGAGGGACCCCCCAGUAGUUGGAGCAGGCGAUGGAUGAGACGGACAUCAGAUGCUCUCCUACGACUCACCAUGCGUAGCACCCAGGUACCAGCCCUCAACGUUCAUCUCACUUACGUAACUCUACCGUGGCAUCGAAUAAUAGCAGAUGUGCUGGAAGUCAAGAAGAAACCAGUUUUAAGCUAGCACACGGUUGCCAUGGAAAUGCCCUGUCACCAACCGAUCCUUCUCAGGUUUUUAGGUAGUGUAGGAAACCCAGUACGAACAAAUUAAUAGUAGCUAAGAAAUGAUUUCAAUUUGUAGUAUUUUACAAAAACAACGACAAUAACUUUUUUCUAGAACUAUAUAUCAUAGUCAAAUUUUGUUAUUUCAUUUAUUGAAACCCUGGACAAAUUAAUAGUAGCUAAGAAUCGAUUUUAAUUUGUAGUAUUUUACAAAAACAAUGACAAUAACUUUUUUCUAGAAAUAUAUACAUGUAUAUCGUAGUCAAAUUUUUCAAUUCCAUUUAUUAGAACCAUGAAGCUCAGUAAAGAGUGCUGU